GGAUGUAAUUCAACCUGACGUCAUUUUGUAGUCCAUUUGACCUCAGAUGCCGGAGACUCCAUUUGCCGUUUGUUAGCUAAGCUGCUGCUGUAAGUUGUGUAACGAGGGAAACAAGAGGACACCGCUACCGGGAGGACAGUUAUCUAGAGGGUUGUCUCCUCACACAUCACCAACAACUCCUAAACUUUAAUUAUUAUUAUUCAGUAAAGAUGUUUUCACUGUCAACGUCGUUUCAGCCACAGCAGAUGAUAGUGCCCCUCAGCCAGCUCAUCAAUGCCCUCCACUCGCUGAAGAACUCCGCCACCGCUUCGGUCCAGACCCUGCACAAAGACUUCAUUCCAGAGCACAGUUCAUAUCUAAAAGAGCCCAGUGUGAGCCUGAGGGAUCUGGGCCUGUCAGAGAUCCGGGUGAGUCAGCUGGACGAGCUAGUCAGCAGGUUACUGCCGACACCAGGACCUGAAGAACCUCCCGCUGUUCCUUCGAUAUGGAGGUCGAGCCACGUUUCUGCAGACAGCUUCUUUCAUAACAAGCAUGGGUUUUCACACAGAAGGUUGGGGGUUUUUGGCACCCCAAUAUUCCACAGACAAUACCACAGUCCUCUAAAAGAAGCUUGCUCAGAGCUACAAUUCCUGCCAGCAUGGAUCCAGAGUCGAGGUUUCAAGACACUGCAAACAAAGAAGAGACGAACGGAGUCUGCUUACGACGGUCCGGUGGAGUCCGAGUCCUACACACCAGCCUUCAUGAAGGGAUUGCUUCAGAGGGAAAAGGUGCCAGAAGCACAAUCACUGGACCAACUGGUGAAACAAAAGAACCUUCCAGAUAACCAGCAGGAAUCUUUCAAGACAGGUUUCACUGAGGGGUUCAUGAGGUCUCAGGCCUUCACUCAGAGGACACAAGACUCGCUGAGGAGAACCAGGUUGAUCUUGUUGGUCCUCCUCCUUGUUGGUAUUUAUGGCUUGUCGAAAUCCCCAUUUCUCUCGGGUAAAGGCUCCUUUUCUGAUGCUGUGAGAUUCCGCACCACAUCUGGUCUGGACUCAGCUGUCGACCCCGUCCAGAUGAAGAAUGUGACAUUUGAGCAUGUCAAAGGAGUCGAUGAGGCGAAGAAUGAACUGCAAGAUGUUGUCGAGUUUCUCAAGAACCCACAGAAAUUUACUGUUCUGGGUGGAAAGCUUCCAAAAGGGAUCCUCCUCAUCGGUCCACCAGGAACAGGAAAGACUCUGUUAGCGCGGGCCGUGGCCGGGGAGGCUGAUGUGCCUUUCUACUACGCCUCCGGAUCAGAGUUUGACGAGAUGUUUGUGGGCGUUGGUGCGAGUCGAAUCAGGAAUCUUUUCAAAGAGGCAAAAGCUAACGCUCCCUGUGUCAUCUUCAUCGAUGAGUUGGACAGCGUCGGUGGAAAGAGGAUCGAGUCUCCGAUGCAUCCCUAUUCAAGACAGACCAUCAACCAGCUGCUGGCUGAAAUGGACGGGUUUAAGCCAAAUGAAGGCGUCAUUGUUAUUGGUGCUACAAACUUUGCUGAGGCCCUGGAUAAUGCUCUGGUGAGGCCGGGAAGGUUUGACAUGCAGGUGACGGUCCCUCACCCCGACGUGAAAGGACGCACUGAGAUUCUCAACUGGUACCUCUCCAAGAUCAAAGUGGACCCUGCCGUAGAUGCACAGAUCAUUGCCCGAGGCACAGUGGGCUUCUCUGGGGCCGAGCUGGAGAACCUGGUCAACCAGGCCGCCCUGAAGGCCGCUGUGGACGAGAAAGAGAUGGUCACAAUGAAGGAUCUGGAGUUUGCUAAGGACAAGAUCCUCAUGGGCCCUGAGAGGAAGAGCGUUGUAAUCGACAAGCAGAAUAAGACCAUCACAGCCUACCAUGAGUCCGGCCAUGCCAUCGUUGCCUAUUACACCAAAGAUGCAAUGCCCAUCAAUAAGGCCACUAUCAUGCCCAGAGGCCCAACUCUCGGCCAUGUGUCCCUGCUCCCAGAGAAUGACCGCUGGAGUGAGACGAGAGCUCAGCUGCUGGCUCAGAUGGAUGUCAGUAUGGGCGGUCGAGUAGCAGAGGAGCUCAUCUUUGGGGACGACUACAUCACUACUGGAGCCUCCAGUGACUUCGAUGGAGCAACCAAAAUAGCAAAAAUGAUGGUGACCAGGUUCGGCAUGAGCGACAAGCUCGGUGUCAUGACCUACAGAGACGUGACCAAGCAGAGCCCCGAGACUCAAGCUGCCAUCGAACAGGAAGUCAGGGCUCUACUGCAGGACUCGUACGAUCGUGCUAAAAACCUCCUGAAGACCUACAGCAAGGAGCACAAGAAGCUAGCGGACGCCCUGCUAACGUACGAAACUCUGGAUGCCAAAGAGAUCCAGAAGGUGCUGGAGGGGAAAUUACUGGACCAGCAGAUACCUCAGUAGAGAUUUUAGACUCUUGUAACAUGUAUAUAUAUAUAUAUAUAUGAAGCUCUGCAGCCUUUUGGAGGCUUUUCAUUUGUUUGUAUCCCUCUUUAUUAUCAAUGUGAAGAUGACACUGAAAUGAUUAAGUUUCACCCCUUAUAAACAUUUUUAUUUUCCUGUAGAGAAGACUUUUGGUUUCACAGCGAUUUUUAAAGCAUUUAGUUUAUUGGAUGAAAAUAAAUACUUGUUCUCACAGUUUGUUUUGUGAGAUGUGUCAUGAGAGGCUUGUUGUCCUCGACUCUCAAGACGAAUGACUUCUGUAGUAGUUUUAUACAUCAGAGUCAUAUUUGGUAUCAUAACAAGGUUCUCAGGCAAAGGAAUUUCACAGAGAUCAUGGUUAGUUAAGUUGAGAUGAAUGAUUUCAUGUAUGUCUAUGUCUCAUUUUGAACACCAUAGGACCUUAAAGUACCUCAAUCUAGAAUGUACCAUUUGGCUGUAGCAAGGUACAAGUGAUACCGCUGUUCACAUUUUCUCUAAAUGAUCGUCUUUCAGUUGCAUCUAUUUUGCUUGUUCUUAUUUAUUUAAAGUGCCCAAAGGUGUGUUCUCCUUUUUCUGAUAUUAGUGAUAGGCCCUCAUGUCCUAUUCUCAGCUCACAUGUAGCUGAUAAAUGAGGGGAGAUGUGUAUAUAUACUAUAUAUACGUGUGUAAAAAAGGUUGGCUUUGUGCUUCUGUUUGUUCCUUUUAGACAAAGGCCUUCUUGGAGCUCAAAUAAAGGUUACCCUUACUCAA